AUGGAGUACGCGGAGGCGGAGGAGUACUACUACGGGGAGGAGGCGGCGGGCAACGCGACGGGGGAGACGUGCGAGUGGCAGGCGGACUGGGAGGCGUCCUUCUCGCUGCUGCCGCUGCUCUACCUGCUGGUCUUCGCCCUGGGGCUGUCAGGCAACGGGCUGGUGCUGCUGACGGUCUGGCGCGGCCCGCGGGCGCGACGCCGCUCCGCCGACGCCUACAUCGGGAACCUGGCGCUGGCCGACCUGGCCUUCGUGGCCACGCUGCCGCUCUGGGCCGCCUACACGGCGCUGCGCUUCCACUGGCCCUUCGGCGCGGCGCUCUGCAAGCUCAGCAGCUUCCUGGUGCUGCUCAGCAUGUUCGCCUCCGCCUUCUGCCUGGGCGGCCUCAGCGCCGAGCGCUGCCGCGCCGCCGCCCGCGCCGCUCCGCCGCCCCGCGCCGCCCCGCGCCGCCGCCCCGCCGCGCUGGGCCCGUUGGCGGCGCUCUGGGCGGCGGCGGCGGCGGCGGCGCUGCCGGCGCUGCUGCUGCGGGAGGCGCGGCGGGGCCCGCGGAACCGGACGCUGUGCGAGCUGGCGGCGGGGGGCGCGGGGCGGGCGGCGGCGCUCAGCCUGGGCGCCACGGCGCUGGGCUUCGCCGCUCCGCUGCUGCUGAUGGCCGUCUGCUACUGCUGCGUGGGCGCCGCCGUCCGCCGCCACCUCCGCCCGCGGCGCGCCGAGGCGGCGGCGCGGCGGCGGCUGCUGCGGCUGAUCGCGGCGCUGGUGGCCGUCUUCGCCGGCUGCUGGCUGCCCUUCCACCUGCUCAAGAGCCUCUUCGCGCUGGCGGCCGCCGGGCUGCUGGAGCUGCCCUGCGCGCUGCUGGGGCUCAUCGCCCGCCUGCACCCCUACGCCACCUGCCUGGCCUACCUCAACAGCUGCCUCAACCCGCUGCUCUACGCCUUCCUCGACGGCCGCUUCCGCGCCCGCUGCCGCCUGCUGCUGGGGCCGCGCCGCCCGCCCGCCGCCGCCGCCUCCUCCACGCUCAGCGGCCCCACGCAGCGCUCCGAGCUGCCCUCGGUCGGCACCAAGCUGUAG